AUGGACCCUAUGAAGUAUAUCGUUGAGGAACCUACAGUAACUAGAAGAAUAGCCCGAUGGCAGAUGCUACUAACAGAGUAUGAUAUCCAGUAUGUUACGCAAAAAGCUAUAAAAGGGAGUGUGCUAGAGGAUUAUCUCGCGCAUCAUCCAACAGAAGAUUAUCAACCUAUACGGUUUGACUUCCGUGAUGAAGAUAUUAUGGUAAUAAGGCAUUGUGAGACCCCAGGUACCGAUGAAGAACCCGAAUCAGGAUCACGAUGGAAACUAGUGUUUGGUGGUUCUUCAAACUCAACCGGACAUGGGAUUGGAGCUAUCAUAACCUCCCCAACAGGGUACCAUAUCCCAUUCACGGCUAGGUUAUGCUUUACUUGUACUAAUAAUAUGGCAGAAUAUGAGGCAUGUAUCUUAGGGUUUGACGAAUCCAUUGACCUAAGAAUCAAGAUCCUGAAAGUAUAUGGAGAUUCAGCUCUCGUCAUUAAUCAAAUCAAGGGAGAAUGGGGAACCCGUAAUUCUAAGAUAAUCCGGUACCAAGACCAUGUCCGGAAGAUGAUCACCUACUUUGACGAGAUUACUUUCCACUAUAUUCCUCGAAAGGAGAAUCAACUAGUAGACGCCUUGGCCACUUUGUCAUCCAUUUUCAAGGUCAAGUGGUAUAACAAAGCGUCAAUUAUAAGAAUUUACUAG